AUGGCCGCAAAUUUAGCCUUAAAAACUUCAAGUCAACCUUCUUAUUUCUACCUUUUCAAAUCUCCAACAAUAAUUAUGCCUCCUGUUGGAAUUAUGCGUCGGUUAGUUUAUAGUCCCUCUUCCCGUUUGUUCUACAAGCAAGUUUUUGAGAAAAAUUUUACAAGAGAAAAGUUUUUUAAUGGAGCUAUUAUGGCAACAAGACUGGCAGCGUUAAAUUUAAGAGAACACAAAUGGGACAAAUUUCAAGAAAUUUCAACAAAAAAUUUGACAAAUUAUUUAAUAAAUAGAUUACCUCAAAUUAAAGAAGAAGACCUUUAUCAAAAUCUUAAUUUUACACAAAACCAAAUUGUUUGUGGAUUUAUUUAUUCUUCCUUUUUUUCUUGUGAUAGUAUUGUUAGAGCAUUUCUUUCAUCCAAACGGGAGGAUUUAACAUAUAACAGCAUGUUUGUAUUUUUUAUUGACAAAACUAUAGAAAAACAGCAAAAUUUGGAAGACCUAAAAUUCAAAGAAGAUGAAGAAGAAAAUAUUAAUUUAUGGCGUCCAACAACUCGUUCAAUUUCAAAAUUGUUGAAAAAACCAGAAAAUUUGUUAAUUUGCAAUAUAUCGUUAGCUAGGCAUUUGGGCGGUCAAACACCUGCAAAUUUUGGACGUUGGAAAAUUACUGAAUUAAAUUUUUUUGAUUGUAAAUAUGCAAUAAAUGAACAACAUUGUUAUUAA